UAUGUUACAUUCACUUCAGAAGGCCUCAUCGUGGGGCUCGGCGCCCAGCGCCGGCUGCCCGCCGGGCCGAGCAGAAGGAGCCAGACUGGAAUCCCGGCUGGAAUCCCGGCUGGAAUCCUGGCUGGAAUCCCGGCUGGAAUCCUGGCUGAAUCCCGGCUGUAAUCCUGGCUGAAUCCCGGCUGGAAUCCCGGCUGAAUGCUGGUGCCACCUGGUGAGGGCCGGGGAAGCGGCAGGGAGCUGCCUGCGGGCAGCACUCUUCCCCUGAGAUCUGCCGUGAGGAGCCAGCAGCAUCACCUGCGGAUUGGCAGCCACGGUGUGUCACCCCCGGGGUGGUCACCGUCCCCUCUUCCCUCCCCUGGCAGCACAGGGACAGGGGGACACCCCCAGGCUCAGGCUCCUGGGACGGCUGGACAGGCAGCGAGGCCUGGGGGCUUCUUAUUCACAACUUGCAUCGUGGUUAAGGAGCGCUUCAGCACCGCUGGUGUUUAUUAACAAGGGUCGUUCUCGACGAUGUGGUAAUUUUGUGGUUUUGUUUCCCGAGGAUUGGCUGAAGGCCGAUGGAAUGCCGGCUCCCACAGAGCCCUCUUCACCCAGCAGGGCCUGGGGUGAAGUCACCCACACCUGGCAGCGAGAGCAGAGGCCUCAGAGACAUGAACUCCUGAAGAAUUAAAUGGAAACUGGAGUCUGGAGAGAGGAGGCAGAUCCCCGUGUGGUGCCUCUGAAGAUAACAUUCAAGCCACUACUGUCAAGACAACCAUUUCUGCAGUAACAUCAAAAGCUGGGGAAUCUGUGACUACAGGAACUUCACAAGCAACAACAUUGGCAACAGAAAUGCUGACGACAGCUGCAGGAGCUGCAAAUGAAACCAUCACAAGCAGCCCCCCGUCUUCUUCACCUAAUGCUACAUCACAAACAGCACAAACUACAACAGAAAAACCACCAGCUGUGACUUCAGCAGCAAGUACAAGUCUCAGCACAACAAACACUACUCAAGCAAGUGGAACACAAUCGACACAAAAUGAGAGUUUGGUUCCUUCAUCUACUAUGGGACAGUCUUUUACCUCUACUGUCUCUCCUAAAAGAAACACUUCUCCUUCUGGAACCUCAGGCCUUCUCAUGAGCUCUCCAACAAAUUCAACAAAGCCAACUUCUGAAAGUCCAGAAAGCGGGUCUGGAAACCAGACUCAUACAGGGAGUGAUAUCAGCUAUUCUAAUGUUAUCUUGCCAGUUGUCAUCACCCUGAUAGUCAUUACCCUCUCUGUCUUCUCACUGGUGGCUUUGUACAAAAUGUGCCAGAAGAAAACUCCAGAGAGACAAGAGAAUGGCGCUGAACAGGCCCAGUCAGAUAAAGAAGGAGUCAAACUUCUUUCUGUGAAGACAGCUUCUUCUGAGACUGGAGAGCAGUCAUCUCACGGGAAGAAUAAAACUCGGCAACUCUUCACAUCUCAGCAAUAAAUAUAUGUGAAGCAGCCUGUUUUAUCACAAUAUGCAGGAACAUCUCACCAAAGUUGUGUUUCAAUGGGAAAUGUGGAGAAGCUGAAGCUUUUUACCAUCAGGACACUUGUGUUAAUGACCAGGUUUUGACUAAAUCUCAAGCAUCUCCUUUCCCUUCUGGAAUGACAUGUAAUUUUUUGAUGGCUUAAUAACUGGUAUACCAUGUAUAUUUAUUAUUUUCACAUAUAGUAAAAGCAGGGAAACAAGGUUGAAGAGAAUGUAAAAACAAGAUGAGUGAAGAUGAUGUAAAAAUUGGAUGAUGUUUGCAUAGUAGCUACUAAAAAUGUUUUCUGCACACACAGGAAGGAAUAUGUCAGCAUACUUUGUUGAACUUAUGGUAGCUAGGGAUAUUUUAGUUGUAUGUAGCAGAAUGCAAACAGGACCUGACCCUUGAAACAGGACUGGGCAAACAGCCACUAUGAAAAUUAAUUCAGUGAUUUGCAUGAGAUUCCUCACUGUAGCACAUGAUUUGCUUGUCAUAAAUGUUUACAGGGUGGGAUGCCUGGCUGAGAUGCUGAAGUGUGUGCUUCUUUUUUUGUGAAGGGAGGAAUAUACCUUGUACUGAGGCCCUUUGAAAUUCUGUAAAUUACUGAACAUAAUGCUUGCAAUGUAGCAGGCAAUAGCUGGUUUUCACCUGUUCCUUGGCUAAUUGCACUGUGCGUGCUGCAGAUAUGACUCCCAUAUAGCCUGGGGCACGCAGUGGGAAUCAGCAAGGUAAGCAAUUUCACAGAUGAGCCUUCUUCCUUGUGUUCUGAGUAAUGCAUGGGAUUCCUGCAGGUUAUUAAAUAACUCUGGAAGUUCAAAGAGUGUUUCAAGUGCUAAUUACAGACACUCUUAAUUUGUACAGAGCCGGCAGUUUCAAAAUAUCAAGUAGUGCUUCUGCCUGCAUGUACCCUACCUUUCUAGAACUAUAAAUGUUUGAAAGUUGUAUUACUGUGAGCAUCUGCUCAGUCUCAAUCCACUGACUGUAGCAUUCCAAGAAUUACCUUUUUUUAUAUUGGGAAAUGAAAAGAAGACAACUGGUGGUCUAAGUGCGGGGCCAAGAUCCCGGACAAUCAUCUAAGUUUUAAAACCUAUUGAUAGAAUGCUUUUGAGGAACUUUUCUCUCCAAAUUCCUUCUCUGAAAUAUUAAAACUUGCUUAGCAUGAUGGUGAGAGAUUGAGCAGAUUUAAUACUUCAUGUCUAUAGACAAAUCUGAGAAGUGCUUAUUUCCCUGUACUUGGUCAUUGCUCUUACUUCUGCUUUGGUGGGUCUGAUAAUCUUCUUUCUUAGUGGCACCACGAGAGACUUUUGGUGAAGCUGAAUAAAAGAUGGGAAACUAACAAGUGUCCAUGCUGCAGCUGAACUUACAUGGUUCAUUCAGGUAUUCCUGGAUCGCUUGUGUUCCUCAGGAGCAGAGAAGUCUUGGAUGCCUACUUUGGAAAGAUCAGGCCAUCUAAAAAAUACUAGUUGGCAUCUGCAACUAUUCUGGUUCCGGAUUGAUGAGGUUUCCUUCAAAAAAAAAGCAGUCAUUGUGGAUUUUCAUGCUGAUUAAAAACCCAAGGUAUUUUGUAGUGUAUUGUAUCAUAGUGAAAGAACAGUAGAGAAAAGCAGAGAAAUAUUGGGACAUAUCUGUUUGGUUUUGUGCAAAAUCUGUUCAGAAACUACCAUGUUGUGUCAAGAAAAAAAAUUUACUGCCUAUUAAAAUUUAUUAUCUUUA